UGCAAGGUGCUGCACAUUAUUAGUAAACAUUGGAACGUUUGUUGAUAGGUAGACAUUUUUAUUUGAUUUUGUUUGUAGAUGUGCAUAAGGAACAUUCACUUUUGAAUUAGGGCUACUUUAGUUCCCGUGAGCUUCGGAAGUUUCUAUUUUUGCUUGUCAAUCRCAACUAUGGCUCUCCGAGCGUGUCAGAGUACGACACGUGCUUUGUUAGCUAGAAAUCUGAGCUGGCGAGCUGCUACUGCUCUAGUCCGGUUACUUGGGGAAAAGUAUUCUGAGAAAAAUAGCCCUUACAGCACUACAGCCGGAAAGGAAUCAGAGAAAGUCGCCGGGCGGACUGUGGUGAAGGAGAGGAGGGGUUCAGUGAUCACAGUGGCGAUCAACCGGCCCGAGGUGCGGAACGCGGUGAACCAGGAGACGGCUGGACGGCUGCUGGACGAGCUCACGGCCUUUGACAGCGACCCCGCCCUGACUGUAGCAGUGCUGCAUGGCAACGGAGGGAAUUUCUGUGCUGGUUACGAUCUGAAAGAGCUGGCCCAUCACACUGCCUCCCUCAAAUUGGAGCAAGAUGUCACCAAAGGUCCUGCUCCUAUGGGUCCCUCCCGACUGGUGUUGUCCAAGCCGUUGAUAGCAGCGGUCAGUGGCUACGCAGUGGCUGGAGGGCUGGAGCUGGCUCUGUUGGCUGACCUGAGAGUGGUGGAGGAGAGCGCUGUCAUGGGGGUGUUCUGUCGCAGAUUUGGCGUCCCCUUGAUUGAUGGGGGUACAGUCCGGCUCCCCCGUCUCAUUGGUCUCUCCCGGGCUCUGGACUUGAUUCUGACUGGACGUCCCAUUGGGGCACAGGAGGCCUUAGCCUUCGGAUUGGCUAACAGAGUGGUACCGGAUGGCCAAGCUCUGCAGGCAGCUCUGGAGCUAGCUGAGCAGAUCAGCACCUUUCCCCAGCAGUGCAUGCGUGCAGACCGCUCCUCUGCCCUCUACAGUGCCUACGAUGCCCCCUCCUUCAGCUUGGCCUUGCAGUACGAGAUGGACCAUGGAGCGCCAAUCAUCCAGACUGAGUCUGUCGCCGGUGCAACCACGUUCAGCUCAGGGACAGGAAGAGGCGGGAAAUUCUCCUCAAAGCACUAGUAACACUUUAUUUAGGURUGCUUAUUUAAAAAAYWSAUUUAUUUCACMUUUAUUUAACUAGGUAGGCUAAUUGAGAACAAGUUCUCAUUUGCAAC